AUGAAAAAAAAGGACAUCAUUCUAGAAUACAAACUUUUUAAACGAUAUGUGCAACACUUACAAUUCAAAUUACUUUAAGAGGAAUCUCACAAUACAUAAUCAAUAAAUGUCAAGAUCAAUAGAAAUAGAUACUACUAAAUUGACCUUAAAGUGAAUAAAAAUAGAGAUAAUCUUCCUUUAAUGACUAACCACUACAAAAGCAUACCCUAAAACAUCAGAUUAUAAAAUCCAACUCCUGUUUUACUUGAGAGAUUAAGUACGAAUAUUAACUACUUAGCACCUAUGUCAGUUGAGUUGUCACAAGGCGAAGAAACAGAAGAGCUAUUUAAAACCAUUGAAUAAGCUUAAUAGGAAAGUAUUGAAAAAAGUAAAUAACUCUUAAGAAAUGAAUUAAAAGUGUUCUUAGAUUAUCUUUUUGAAAAAUACAAAGAAUUGUUCAGCUCUAUUAAAGAUGUAUUCAAAUUUAAUGAAAUUGCAGAAGCUUUGAAUGUUUCAGUAGAUUAAAUUUAAUUGCAUUUUUUAUCGAAAUUAUAAGGGAGGUACUCUAUGAGGUCUGUUGUGAAGUAUCAAUUCGUAAGAUUCAACAGGUAUUUUUGUCCCAUUUGCAAUCUGUAUAUGUGUAGUUGGCAUUAUAGUUCAAAGAAUCAAAGAGUGUUUAUUGAGAGUGAACCAAAUGUGGAGAUGCCAAUUAAUAUUCAAUCAAUUGAUAAUUUUUAUGAAACAGACUUCAAACCGAAUCAAAUAAAUUUGAAAGAUAGUAUUUGGAGAUAUCAUAUGAGAAAUAAGUAAGAAAUAGAUAUAAGAUGUACUAAAAUUGAAAGAUGCGGUAGAUACAAUUGUGAUAACAAAAAAAGAUUAAAGAAAUUUUAAAUAAAAUCUAUUCAAUAACUACUUGAAUUUGGUUUUGAAAAUUGUUGCUUUAUCAAUUAAAUAUUACAGCAUCCUGUCUAUAAGAUUUACUGUGAUUAAAUUAGCUAUAUAAUCAAGAAUUACUCUAAUAAUUAGGAGAACCUUAAUAAUAAACCACAAUAGAAUAUUAUGUCUCCAGAGAUUUAUGAAGGAUUUGAUUCUUACUCUUAAAAAUUACAUAAAAUUACUAAUUACUAACAAUAAUAUACACCUUGUUUUCAUUAAGGCAGUUGCAAAGAUGCUGAUUGCAGUUGUGUGAUGUGUCCGAGAUACUGUUGUUGCAAAGGUAAAUGUGAAAAGAAGAUUAAGAGGUGUGACUGCAAAAACUGUGGGUAUGAUGAAAAGAAACGUAAAUUUUAAUGUACUUGUUUCAAUUUAGGAUUUGAAUGUGAUCCAUCUAUUUGCAAAUGUACAAAUUGCAAUAACGUCAAUUUAACUCUGGGAAUAUCUAAAUAGCUAAUCUUAGGAAACUCUCUUAUUUGUAAUGGUAUAGGCUUAUUUGCUGCAUAGCAUUUUAAAACAUAUGACUUCAUAGGGGAAUAUAGAGGAAACUAUCUGUUGUUGGAUGAAGAAAGCUACAUUAUAGAGUAAUGUAAUAUGCUUACUGGGAAACAUUACUUGUUUGAAGUUGAUGAUAAAUGGCAAGUGGAUGGAACUUAUUAUAGCAAUUAUCUUAGAUUCAUCAAUCAUGCAACUAAUUAAUCAGAAACCGCAAACUGUUAAGCCAUUAUACUAUUUUCUGAAGGAAGAUGGAAGAUUGGAAUGCUCGCAACUAGGGAGAUUGAAGUAGGAUAAGAGUUAUACUUUGAUUAUGGGGAUAAAUUCAAAACUAAAUGGCUAUAAGAAUUUAACAAAAUUAGUGAAAGAUAUUUUUAGGGCAAAUGA